AUGGUGGAUUUUUGGGUCCCACCACAUGACAGGCUCCUGUUAUCUGAAAGAGGAAGGUGCGAGGAGAGGGGGAGCGCGGUUUACAAUUUCAAACGCAGCCUCCCCGCGGAGGGCCGCAUUAGCAUAUGUCAGGGGGACCGCCGUAUGCAUAUAUACACGCGCGGGGCGUGUAAACACCACCCCGCCGCCCGGCUUCCCUUGGCGCGGCUCGGCUCGGCUCGGCGCGGCUCGGCUCGGCGCGGCCCCGCCGGCUCCCCACGCGCGGGGCGCCGCCGCGCCCCCCACAUGCCCAGCCCGGCAGGCGCUGCCCGCCGCCGCGCCCGCUCGCCCCGCGCCCCCAUGGCUCCGCUGGCCGAGGUGGGGGGCUUCCUGGGCGGCCUGGACGGCCUGGGGCAGCCCGUGGGCGCCCACUUCCUGCUGCCGCCCGCCGGCGAGCGCCCGCCGCUGCUGGGCGAGCGCCGGGCGGCGGCGGAGCGGGCGGCCCGCGGCGGCGGCGCGGCGGCGGCGGCGGAGCUGGCGCACUUGCAGGGCAUCCUGCGGCGGCGGCAGCUCUACUGCCGCACCGGCUUCCACCUGCAGAUCCUGCCCGACGGCAGCGUGCGCGGCACCCGCCAGGACCACAGCCUCUUCGGUAUCCUAGAAUUCAUCAGUGUGGCGGUGGGACUGGUCAGCAUUAGAGGAGUGGACAGUGGCCUUUACCUUGGAAUGAAUGAGAAGGGAGAACUCUAUGGAUCUGAGAAACUAACUUCUGAGUGCAUCUUCAGGGAGCAGUUUGAGGAAAACUGGUACAACACUUACUCAUCCAAUGUGUACAAACAUGGAGAUUCAGGGCGGCGAUACUUCGUAGCACUUAACAAAGAUGGUACCCCCAGAGAUGGGGCGAGGUCUAAAAGACACCAGAAAUUCACACACUUCCUGCCCAGGCCCGUGGAUCCCGAAAGAGUUCCAGAACUGUACAAGGAUGUGUUGGGAUACAGCUGA